ACGUGAUGAUUGAAUACAAAUUAUUCAACAUUUCUCUGUUUUUGUUGCUUCUUUUUUCAGGAGAUCUAAGUGGAGAUCUUUCACUCUCCUUCACUGUCAGAGAUGGAGAUAAAGUCACUUUGCCUUGUGAAAACGUGAUCAACAAUCAUCACAACUGUCACACUACCACCUGGCUCUUCACUGAUUCAAGAGGAAAAGCAGCAGUAGAGCUGGUUAAUCUUGGACAGAUCAAAGAAACAGACAAAUCAGACAGACUGAGUGUUACAGCAGAAUGCUCACUGGUUAUAAAGAAGGUCACAGCUGAGGAUGUUGGUCGUUACACCUGCAGACAGUUUAGAGGCAAUCCAGGGAGACAGCAAGGUCCAGAUGCUGUGGUUCAUCUGUCUGAUGUCAUCAUGACUGAACAGAAGAGCAGGGAUCAGGUGACUUUAAACUGCUCUGUGCAGGUACAUGGACAUUGUGAACACAAAGUGAAGUGGAUCCAUUACAGUGAAGCUCUGAAUAGAGAUUACUCAAACAUAAAAACAUUACAGUCUUCCUGCUCUGCUACUGUGACUUUUGUAAAUUCUUUAUACAGUCACAUAUCUAACUCUGACUUUAAGUGUAACGUAACAACAGAAGAUGAUAAAGAGCAGCUUUUUACCUUCAGCCCUCAUUCAUCAGGCGAAGAAACAAUUACAACAACAACAGUUAAAUUGGAAAUCACAAUUGAAAAUACAAUAAGAGCAGGUCUGGGGACAAAAGAGUUGGAAAGCAUGGAAGGUUCAAGAAAAUUACAAAGCUGGUCCUGGUACAGGCUCAUCAUUGUGGCUCUGGGUUUAGCAGCACUUAUUGCUGCUGUUGUGAUCGUCAACAUCUGGAUAAGAGUUGGGAAAAAAGCACAGAUGGAGGAAAACACGAUGUGCAAAGAUGAGGAUGAUGAUGGAGCAGUGAACUAUGAAAAUGUCCAAUCUUCUGAUGAAGUUUGACCGACCCUCCUGCUUCUGUCAGAUCUCACAUAUCAGCACAUCAACAUGCUGUAUAUUUUCUUUUUACCUUCAUACUCAACCUUUUAAACAGAGACUCGUGCUCUUGCUUUAGUCACAGUUUGGAUAACGAUACUGAAACUGUGAUACUAUCUCCUACUUUGAAAACCAAAGUGACUUUUAUUUGUUUUUUGUUUCUUUUGUUUUGUUUUUUGAAGUGACCAGUAUUUUUAAUGGUUUUUCAACAUUUAUGUGCUUUGUCUCAGAGGCCUUGAGGACAGCCUGGAUAUUUCUUGAUAAACUAGGAUAAUGAUUUCUCCCCGAUUCAAAGAUUUACCAGCCAUUUUUCCUAUACCUUUCUGUUCAGCAGAGGCAAGAGCUUAGUUUUAUCACUCUGUGUGAGGAAGAGCUGAUUUAAUCAGAACUAAAUUAGCUUUAUAUCAUUAAUGCCAAAGUGCUGUUAAGAAUCCAGUCUGUACUUCAGUCAGCUUUGAUCUAACACCACGCACUGUUAUCUCGAUUUGAGCAUAAUGAAAUCUAUCAAAUAAAUAAUUCUUUCUGGAGGACUCUUAACGGUCUUAACUUGUUGGUUGAGGCCGAUUGGGACCCUUUAGUGACUUCAGCUUGCUCAUCGAGGAUGAUUUGACUUUUAUUGUGGCUAGUUUGUCUUUUAUUUAUUUCCUUCCCCUUUGGGUUUUGUUUUUGUUUGUUUUUUACUAUAUUAACUGUGUUCCACAUCUUUCUGCUCCCGUAAUUACCCCCUGCUGUUCCCCCCUUUUAGAAAUGCUUUCCUUCUAGUGUACACCCGUAGUCAACACAUCAAAGAGACUUCAAACACAAAAAACUAAACAAAAAAAACAACUUUAUUCAUUUAUUUUGUAAUAAUUUUGACUUGAAUGUAGCUCAUUUUCAUUAGAAAAAAAGACUUGAGAGAAACGCAUUUUUAUGAAAGACAGGCAUUUUGAUUUAAUAUUCACAUUUUAUUUUGAUUUCCACGCAGUAACUUCACUUGUUCUAAAGGCUCACCAACCUUUACACAUUUCCCUGAGUGAUGGCUUUCUCACAAAGUUUACACACGCAACCCGGACAGGUAUUAUGCCUUAAGUCACAGCUGCAGGCUGAGACUCUCGUCUCUGUCUCAGUGCUACUACACACAUUUGAUGGACUAACAGGUUGUUCCUUCAUCUCUUCCAUCAGGAACAGAGCCCCCGGGCUCUCUCCCAGGGAACUGCAGCCACCACUGAACAGCAUCAUUCCC